UUUAUGGUUAAACAAAAAUUGUCACUAUAGGAAAAUUUACACAAAUUUGUAUAAUAAUUUAGAAAAAUUUGCAAAUAUUACUCUCCGCUAUUACUCACUGGGUCAAAACCCCCAACUAUUAUUUAACCCUUUAUACUCCCAAGUACCGAGAUCUUUAGCCUUGAACACUACGCAUAUUAUUUUCAACUAGUUGUUUUGAGAAUAUUUUGAGUCAAUAAUCGAUUAUUUUCGGAGUAGAUAAGGUUAAUUAAUAGUUGAGGGCAUAUUAAGUAAUGAACAAUAGUUAGGGAUUAUUAUUUAAAAAUAUUCCAUUAAUUUAAGAUAAGUUCCUUUACAAUAUUUAAAAUCUUUAUUUUAUUUGUUGGAUGGCACUCAAAAAAUAAGAUGACUGAAAAAAGAAAGUAAAGAAGACCCAGGCAAAAGAGAAAACUCCCUUCCACACACCGAGAAAAGAGAAGCAAAUAAAGGAGAGGCAGGACAAAGCAAAAGAACACUCGCAGAAAAAAGAUACUCUAAAUAAAAUCACAUUUUUUUAUUUUUUUAAAAUUUAUUAGAAGAAUUUUAAAGUAAACUUUUUUUUUUCUUUUUCUUUUUGCUUUGUUAAAACUUCCUUUCACGCUCUGUAUGUGAGAUGCAACACCAUAAUCAUUCAUUCCUUCCCAUCAUCUCUCUCUUCUUCUCCUUCUACCUUUGAGCUCUACACAAUUAUGGCUUUUAACCUUACUUUCUCUCUCUACUUCUUCCUUGUUUUUGCUUAUUUUCUUCCUAUUUCUUUCUCCUAUGAGCCUCGUAAUCCUGAAGUGCAAGCAUUGAUUGAUAUAAAAAAUCAAUUGAACGACCCACAUGGUGUUUUGAACAAUUGGGAUGAAUUUUCUGCUGAUCCUUGUAGUUGGGCUAUGAUCACUUGUUCUUCUGAUAAUUCUGUUACUGGCCUGGGAGCUCCAAGCCAAUCUCUAUCUGGAACAUUAUCUGGGGCAAUUGCAAAUCUUACUAACCUUAAACAAGUAUUACUUCAGAAUAAUAAUAUUUCAGGCAAAAUUCCACCAGAAAUUGGUUCUUUAUCAAAGCUUCAAACUUUGGAUCUUUCCAACAAUGGAUUCUCUGGACUUGUUCCUAGCAAUUUGGGUCAGCUGAAAAGUCUCCAAUAUUUGAGGCUGAACAAUAACAGCUUGAGUGGUGCCUUUCCUGUUUUUCUAGCCAAUCUGUCUCAGCUUACUUUCUUGGAUUUGUCUUUUAAUAAUCUAAGUGGACCUAUACCCAAGCUUACUACAAGGACUUUCAAUUUUGUGGGAAAUCCUUUGAUCUGUGGAAGCAAAGCUACUGAUGGUUGUUUUAGUUCAGCUGUCCCAAUUCCCCUAUCUUUAUCAGUUGAUUCUCCUACUGGAAGGAGAAAGUCUAAGAAAUUAGCGGUAGCACUUGGAGUGACGUUUAGCUUCCUCUCGCUCUUCCUUUUGUUGCUCGGAAUCAUCUAUUGGACAAGGGAAAAACAAAGUCGUAGAUUUAUGAUGAAGAUCAAUGCGGAUACUCAAGAACUUGGUCAAAUACGGUUGGGUAACAUAAGGACUUUCACCUUCAAAGAACUUCACAAUGCGACAGACGGUUUUAGCUCUAAGAAUAUUCUUGGUAGGGGCGGGUUUGGAAAUGUUUACAGAGGUAAGUUGCCUGACGGCUCUAUGGUGGCCGUGAAGCGACUAAAGGAUACCUGUGGUACAUCAGGAGAAUCACAGUUUCAGACCGAGUUAGAGCUUAUUAGCCUUGCUGUACAUCGAAAUUUGCUUCGUUUGAUCGGUUUUUGUGCUACUCCUAAUGAGCGGCUUCUAGUUUAUCCAUACAUGUCUAAUGGAAGUGUGGCUUCAAGGCUGAAAGGAAAACCUCCAUUAGAUUGGAACACAAGGAAAAGGAUAGCAAUCGGAGCAGCUAGAGGACUUCUGUAUCUACACGAGCAAUGUGAUCCUAAGAUCAUUCACCGAGAUGUUAAGGCUGCAAAUGUCUUACUGGACGAUUGCUAUGAGGCUAUAGUUGGUGAUUUCGGUCUUGCUAAACUUCUUGAUCAUGGCGAUUCUCAUGUUACCACUGCUGUUCGUGGGACUGUCGGACACAUAGCUCCUGAGUAUCUGUCCACUGGCCAAUCAUCUGAAAAGACCGAUGUUUUUGGGUUCGGCAUCCUUCUGCUUGAGCUUAUUACGGGUAUGAGAGCACUUGAAUUCGGCAAGACUGUUAAUCAGAAAGGCACCAUACUCGACUGGGUGAAGAAAAUCCAGGAAGAGAAAAAAGUGGAGGUAUUGGUUGACAGGGAGCUUGGGACCAAUUAUGACAGAAUAGAAGUAGGAGAAAUAAUCCAAGUAGCACUACUAUGCACUCAAUACUUACCGGCCCAUAGGCCCAAAAUGUCUGAGGUGGUCCAAAUGCUUGAGGGAGAUGGGCUUGCUGAGAAAUGGGCUGCUGCAAACGGGCGCGACAAUAUCACAAUGGGCUUUUCUCGAAGCACGACGAUGAACCAUCUGGGUGCACCUACGGCUACAACCAUGUUUGGUACAAGUUUUGAUGUUGAUGAUGAUGAUGAGCAUUCAUUGGAUUCCUUUGCCAUGGAACUUUCUGGUCCAAGAUAGUUAUAAAUUAUAAUACUUUUAUAUCUUUAAUUUUAAUAAAAUAAUAACAUAAAUUAAUUACAUGUAGAAA